AUGGCCAAUAUAAAGUCGAAUAGCAAUCGACAGAAUUCUAGAAAGAGCAAUCAGGCGUGUGGAACUGGGAUGAAUUGUAAUGGAAAUUACAGUUGCAAGAGUAAGAGUAUGGAUAAGAAAAGAAAAAGAAAGCUUCAGCACCAGCUUUUCAUGAAUGAAGAUGAUUACAGGCUACGGCUUCAGGAGGUUUUGUACUCUCCAGAGCACAUUCUCACUAAAAUUUUCCGAAAGGACGGCCCGCCCCUUGGGAAUGAAUUCGAUUCCCUUCCAUCAAAUGCUUUUCUCUGUAAGAAGAAAGGUCCUACAAAGUGUCGUCAUACUUCUGAAGAGAAUUUACAAGUCUAUAAAAGAAGAAAGGGUUGUUGUGAGAAUAGUGCUCCAACACUGCAGCAUGGCAUGGGUAAAGGCUUGAUGACUGAUACGGGUGCUCCAGCAAAGAAAAAUGGUAGGAGUAAAGAUCUAAUAUCUCAAAAGGGUGCUCCUGUGAAGAAACAUGGCAUUGGAAAAGGUUUGAUGAGAGUUUGGCAGAUGACAAAUACUGAGGCUAGAGAUUUUCCUUCUUAUGGUAUUUCCAGUGAGAGCCUCAUCCAACAGAAGAAAAAUAGUUAUCAGCAACGGCAAAAUAUUCUGAGAAAGUUAUCAAACAAAGAACAAGCUAAGAGGAAGAUUCCCCCAAGUAGAAAGGUGGAGUACCAGAAAGUUGAAAAGCGAAAUCGUAAAGAAAAAUGUGAACUUGCUCUGGACAGAGAGAGAUGUCUGGAAAAUUCAGAACACUUUGCAAUGCUAAUAGAUGAUGAGGAACUGGAGCUAAGAGAAUUACAAGCAGGACCAAAUCCAUUAACUUGCUCUGCGCACUUUACAACCAAUGGAUCACAUGGUUGUUCGCUUUGCAAAGAUUUGCUAGCCAAGUUCCCUCCAAAUACUGUCACAAUGAGGCCUCCCUUCUAUGUGCAACCAUGGGAUUCCUCUCCGGAGCUUGUCAAGAAACUUUUCAAGGUAUUCCAUUUUCUUUGUACUUAUGCUAUAAAAAUUGAUGUAUGUUCAUUCACCUUAGAUGAGUUUGCGCAAGCAUUUCAUGAUAAGGACUCCCUGUUGCUUGGGCAAGUACAUGUGGCCCUUCUCAAACUUCUUGUAUCUGACAUUGAGCAGGACCUAAGCAGAGGAUUUUUGCCUCAUGCAAGCAAAAAUCGCAGGUUCUUGGCUUUACUGCACUCGGUUGAAGUUCAAGACUUUGUACUAGGCUUCUGGCAGAAGUCACUGAACCUCCUGACAUGGACAGAAAUAUUACGUCAGGUGUUGGUUGCUGCUGGUUUUGGUUCUAAACUCGGAGUGGCACCUAAGGGAGCUCUCAACAAGGAAGUCAAUCUUAUGGCAAAGUAUGGCUUAAAUUCUGGUACAUUGAAGGGUGAACUGUUCAGUACUUUGCUGACCCAAGGAAGCAGUGGAAUGCAAGUCUCAGAAUUGGCAAAAUCUUCAUCUAUUGUUGAGUUGAAUCUUGUGGAUACAACCCAUGACCUUGAGAAUUUAGUACACUCGGCUCUCUCAAGUGACAUUACAUUAUUUGAAAAGAUUUCUUCUUCCGGAUAUCGUCUUCGAAUCAAUACAACCACAAAAGAAGAAGAAGUAUGUCCUUCUGAUUGUGAAGACUUUGGGAGUGUUGAUGAGAUUUCUGCAGUCAGUGGUGGAUCCAACGAUGCGGAUGAUUCCAAGUCUGAGUCCAUGGAUUCUAGUCCAACUAGACUUAAGCAAGAUUAUUGUAAAAGUAAGAAUAGUACGUUGACAGUGUACAAUGAAAUUGAUGAGAGCCAUCCAGGAGAAGUGUGGUUGUUAGGUUUAAUGGAAGGUGAAUAUUCAGAUUUAAGCAUUGAAGAGAAGUUGAAUGCUUUAGCUGCAUUGACUGAUCUGCUUAGUGCUGGAUCCAGUUUCAGAACAGAGGAUUUCUUGACACCUAUACUCAACGUCGAAUGUUCUCCAAACAUCAAUCAUUAUGCUUCUGGUGGAAAAAUAAAGCGAUCAACAGUGAAACAAUGUAAACCUGGGCUAAUAGUAGGCGGUGGUGGACAAAUGGUUAGUAACAAUGACGUGAGUACAUCAGAUCAGCCAAUCGAUUCAUUAGUUCUUCUAUCAAAGAUUGGUAGCAAGGGAAAAGAUGGCAACACGAGGAAGGAUGCUAAAGAAAUGAAAGCAGAGGACUAUUUGCACCCCAUGCAGUCUAUCUUUCUGGGUUCCGAUCGUAGAUACAAUAGAUACUGGAUUUUCUUGGGCCCUUGUGAUGAAUUUGAUCCCGGCCACAAGAGGAUUUAUUUUGAAUCUUCUGAAGAUGGUCAUUGGGAGGUGAUUGAUACUCAAGAGGCUUUGUGCACUUUGUUAUCGACCCUGGACCAUCGCGGUGCCCGGGAGGCUCGCCUUCUAGCAUCCUUGGACAAACAGAAAGCAUUUCUUUGCCAAGUGAUGUCCAGUAUGCCAAAUGCUGGUAGAAUCAGGCAGUGCACUAUAUUUGAUCAAUCUGAACUGAAUACAUCUAGAGAAGAUAGUUCGUCUCCGGUGUCUGAUGUAGACAACCAAUUGAGCCUGUGCGAAAUGCAAAAUGAUCUUCCCUCUUCUACUGUUGCUAUAGUUCCUGAAGUUGGGAAGAAAGGAGAACAGAAGGACCAAUGGAGCAGUUCCCAAGCUUUUGGCUCGUGGAUAUGGAAGUCAUUUUAUUUAGAACUCAACUCUGUUAAGAAUGGGAAGAGGGCAUAUAUUGACUCACUCAGAAGAUGUGAACAUUGUCAUGACCUCUAUUGGAGAGAUGAGAAGCACUGUAAGGUUUGCCAUACCACAUUUGAGCUUGAUUUUGAUCUAGAAGAGAGAUAUGCAGUUCAUUCUGCAAUAUGUCAGGACAGUACAAAUAUUAACAAAGUUCAUAAACAAAGGGUACUGUCAUCCCAGUUGCAAGCUCUCAAAGCUGCAAUUUAUGCAAUUGAGACAGUUCUGCCCGACGAUGCCUUUUUGUGGCCUUGGAAAAAAUCUGCUCAUAAUCUUUGGGUCAAUAGGUUACGACGAACCUCGAGUUUGGCAGAGUUUUUGCAGGUUCUUGCUGAUUUUAUCAGUGCUAUCAAUGAGGACUGGUUUUAUCAAUUAAAUGACGACUUGAAAGGGUUCAGGCUAAAAAUAAAUCUCGAUAUGUUGACUGAUAAAAGGUACCUAUCCCUAAUCAAUAGAGACAAUUUCCUGGUGAAUCGUAGAUAA